AUGUCAAAAUCAAAUUCCUUCGGAAAAGUAUUAAGAGCUUGCGGCACACCAAACACAGAUAAUAAACAAUCAAUAUAUUCACAAUCAGAGGAGAACAAUAUUGGAAGACAAGCACAAUCAAACGAAUUUAUCAAUUCUUUCCAGACAAACCUCAACGGAAUCGAACAUAAACUUGAGAUACUUUUAGAAACUAGCCGAAUAAAUGCACAAACCACUUUAGAAACAUGUAAUAACACAAAGCUCUCAGAAUUAUCCACGGAUAAUCUUGUAAUUUUAGCCAAAAAUCUCAGUGUCGACGUUUCAAAAAAAUAG